AUGGCUGCCAUCGAUAAUCCGCUCACUACCUUCAACAAAUUUAGUCAAGACACCACCGUUUGGACUCCAACUCCUAUUUCUCUCAUCGAAUCUGCUGCUAAAUCUCUCUUCCACGUUUCCAUCGACGUCUCGGAUGCGCCUGAAAUUGUAUCCUCUCAUACACGCACGGGACAAUACUUGCAACUUAAAGUACCGGAUUCUCCUAAGCCUCCUUUCCUUGCUAUUGCUUCGCCUCCGUCCCUUGCUGCUGCUCGUGGCGAGUUACAAUUCCUUGUGAAGACCGUUGCGGGGUCCACUGCUGAACUUCUUUGUGGGUUGAAGAAUGGUGAUGUUGUUGAAUUGACCCCUACUAUGGGUAAUGGUUUCAAUGUUGAUCUGGUAGUGAGCGGAUUAUCGAUGGCAGCCAUGGAAGCUUCAUCAAAUGAGGAAGGAGGUGUCUUUUAA